CGAAAUUGAGCUUGAAUUUCCAGAAUGUGAAGGUCCAGCGGACGUUUGCUCCAGGGCGGGGUUUUUGUGUGAAGACUCAAUGGUUACUGUGGUGGAGUUCGUGUAGCAUGGCCCGGUACCCCGGGGGAUGACGAAUAUUUUAAGGACCCAUGGAAUUGUCUAAAAUAAGGCAGCUCCGCCCACCCGUGGCACCAGGCCAUGUAAAACGAAUCAACAAAUGUCAGCAGCGCGCGUAGUCGGGACGGCAGCCUAUGAUAAGUCUCUCAGUUCCUGUCAGAAACACAGCUGAGCAAUGAUUAAAUUGUCAGCGGCUGUGAAAUAGAUCCACUUGUUGCUAUAUGCCACAUUCAUCUGGAGGAGAUUUGUCGAAUAAAAAAAAUGAAAUAUUAAUCUCGAGCGGAUCGUACAUCAAACAGACGGAGAAGUAUUGCUUUAUUCCAUUUUGGACUAAACCUUAGACAGAAUAUUCCUAUAUCUAGAUUCUACAGGUAGACUGUUUUGAUGUCUGCGCGGUGGGGGUCUUUAUGGCUGCGUGGACAUGUCAUUCUGGGCUACGGGCUCUUUCUCCUGGUCGCCCUUCCAGACCUCACCACAGGCAGGCAAGGGAACUGCACCUACCCGCUGGUGCCAGAACACGGAGGCUUCCGGUGCGAGCCCUCCCCCUGCCGAGGCUUCCCCCAGAAGAGCUUGAUCUACUUCUUCUGUGAGCCCGGCUAUGCCAUCCCAAAAGAGAUGGUGCGCAGCUUGCGCUGCCUCCAAGGCAAAUGGAUCCCCAGCGUGCCCACCUGUCUCGCCAUGCGAGACAGACAUGUUAACUAUGAGGACAAGGUGGCCCACUCACUCCCCAGCGUUGCCACGACGGCGGUGGGCGUGUCCAUAUUCCUCCUCACCACCACGGCCUGCUUGGUGAUCAAGUCUCGCCUUUUCCCCUGUCACUCACACAGCAGGCGCUCCUCUGACCAGAUGGAUCUGAUGGUGCAUGGCCUGCCUGUGUCUCUGCCCAGCUAUGAGGAGGCUGUCUAUGGGAGCUGGGGGCAACGCCUGCCACCCUGCAGAGGGCCCACCCAACUCUUACUUUCCCAGGCGGCUCCAGGUCCAUCAUUAGCGCACAACCUAUCAGAUUCCAGUCACCGUAUCCAUCCAUCCAGUCAAAGCCCCGAUAUCCUUCCGCCCCCUUACGAAGAGAUGGAAUCCCAUCCCAGAGAGGGUCAGAGUGAGGGUGAUGUGCAGGCCAUACAAGUUGCACUUUCCGAUGACAAGAACAUUUGAGCGACUGGUGUAUUUGUAUUACCCACCAAUGAUGUACUGAUUUUUUAAAAUGUGCUCAGGCACUUAUAUAGAUUCAAGCCUACCAGCUUUAUCGGGUUUCAACCUUAUACAUAGAACACCAGUUCUGAUUGGCUGUUUGUGAUGUUAUGAGGUGUAUCCUGCCAUGGAGACAUGGUUUAUAUCCCAUCAGUGAUGGGACCUGAGCCUCGUUUGUUGAGGUGACUUUGAUAAUGCCAUUACUGUUCCAUCACAGGGACCUGUGUGUCUCUAUUGUGCACUGUGGGUCAACCCAGCUGGUGAGAGUAGAAAUGGAGGUUACUCACUCUCCUUUCCUUGUUGAAUUAUGAUUUGCGAUGAUGGCUGAGUUGUAGCGUCGAUUAUGGAAACCAGCAGGUGACUGGACAGUGUACACAGAGAUCAGGUGAUGUCAGUUUAGGAGUCAAAUCUGUGUUCUCCCUCCCCUGAAACAUUUUGAGCUCUAGCUACAACCCCAGUCCAAUUUUGACUGCUGUUUUUGGGAGUGGUGACUGACUGACCACAUGGAAGUGUUUUCACCACAGUGGUGGGAAAAGUACACAAUUGUCAUACUUGAGUAAAAGUAAAGAUACCUUUUAAUAGAAAAUGACUCAAGUAAAAGUGAAAGUCACCCAGUAAAAUACUACUUGAGUCAAAGUCUAAAAAUAUUUGGUUUUAAAUAUACUUAAGUAUCAAAAGUACAAGUAAAAGUAUAGAUUGUUUCUUAUAUAAUAGGACGGCACAAUUCUCUUGUUUUUACCUAUUUAUGGAUAGCCAGGGGCACACUCAACACUCAAAUGCUCAAUUUGUAAAUUGUGUUUAGUGAGUCCACAAUAGGGAGGACCAGUGAUGUUUUCUUGAUAAGGGUGUGAAUUUUCCUGUGCUGCUAGGCAUUGAAAGUGUAAAGAUUACUGUUGGGUGUCAGAGAAAAUGUAAAAAGUACAUUUUCUUUAGGAAUGUAGUGAAGUAAAAGUUGUCAAAUAUAAAUAGUACAGAUACUCAAGACAAGUAGCACUUCAAAUUAUUUUUACUUAAAUACUUUACACCACUGCACUUUCUACACCCACCAGGCACGCACAUGAAACCCUCCACCAUGCCAAGUGUACCCCACGCUGAGUAUGCACCAACCACCUCUCCUAUCUGCUUCAAAUGAUUGACCAGAGAAUGGGGAGGGUCGGGGGCAGAAACCCCCAGGAUGUACUUAUUGAAUGUAGUUUUUCUUUUCAAUAGAAAAAAAUGAAAUGAUGUAAUGUAACAUUUUAUAUUGUAUUGCACAGAAGAUUAAAAGUCAACAUUGUUUCUAAUUGUUAAA